AUGCUGGACAGAAGAUCGCCGUACCAGGAGGAUAGCUACUGGUAUUAUGCUCCCAACAAGGGUGCUCCUAUCACUUUCGCCAUCUGGUUCACUAUCUCUGGAAUCUGGCACAUCUAUCAAUGCAUAAAGUAUAAGUCCUGGAAAGUGACCGGGAUCUUGCCCUGGUCGGCACUGCUCUUCACAGGCGGCUUUGUGCUACGGGCUGUUGCCGCCUGGGGUCACUGGGAUAACCUGGUGAUCUACAUUGUCAGCACGGUUCUUCUACUCGCUGGCCCACCGGUCUACGAAGCAGCCAACUACCUGAUCCUCGGGCGAAUCCUUUACUACAUCCCCUACCACUCACCAAUCCAUCCGGGACGGGUCUUCACAACAUUUCUUGCGAUGAGCAUGGUCAUCGAGGUGCUCACUGGGAACGGUGGUGCGCUGGUGGCCAACGUCGAGAACCCACAGCGCAAGCAAGACAUCGGCAAAGGGCUGCUCAAAGCGUCCCUGAUCUUGCAGCUCGUGCUGAUGGCAGGGUUCCUUGCUCUGACCUUGAGGUUCCACUAUAACUGUCGGCGCGGUGGGGUCUUGAAUCGCAAGUUGAAGCACGCCUUAUGUGUGUUGUACUGCAGCUGCGGGCUGAUCACCGUGCGGACGAUCUAUCGGACGGUGGAGUACUUCACUGCGGCCAGCCUGAACGUGUCCGACAUCAAGGACAUCAGUCCUGUUCUCAAGGACGAGUGGUUCUUCUGGGUGUUUGAGGCGACUGUGAUGUAUGUUAACACCGCGAUGCUGAACAUCUUCCAUCCGAUGCGGUGGCUUCCACGCUCCAACAAGACCUACCUUGCGAGGGAUGGGUUCACUGAGCUGGAAGGACCGGGGUAUUGUGACAAUCGCCCAUUUCUCCUCACCCUCUUUGAUCCUUUUGACUUGGUUGGGUUGUGCAAGAAUGGAGGAAGACAGAAGAGGUUCUGGGAGGACGAGGCAGCCAGGAAUUUUGAUCACAACACCAGCUCCAAGGAAGGGCACGUUGCUGUGUAG